CGUGUUGUGGUGCGCAGGUGAAAUCGCUCCUUCAUUUUCCGCACGCGUUCCUGCGGCUCAGCUGUGUGUCUGAACUCAAUCACUGAACUGAACCUUUUCUGCAGCUUCUGCACUGAAUAAUCACCGUGUGUUUACACCAUGACGAAGGAAGAGGUUAAAGGCUCAGCCGAGGAGGAGCAGCAGGCGGCCCAGUCUAAGAAAGCGCUGAAGAAACAGCAGAAGGAAGCGGAGAAAGCAGCCAAGAAGGCUGAGAAGCAGGCCAAGCUGGCAGCUGAUCAGCAGACUACUGAGGAAGAUGACUUUGCACAGGAUCGUUACGGUGUGUGUGUGCUGCUGCAGUCGCAGGAGAAACUGGACAGGUCGCUGGUGCGGGUGUGUGAGCUGACUCCGGAGAGAGCGGGUCAGACGGUGUGGGUGCGAGCCAGGAUUCACACCAGCAGAGCUAAAGGGAAGCAGUGUUUCUUGGUCCUGCGUCAGCAGCAGUUUAACGUCCAGGCUCUGGUGGCCGUGGGAGAGCGAGCCAGCAAGCAGAUGGUGAAAUUCGCCGCUAAUAUUACGAAGGAGAGUAUAGUGGAUGUGGAGGCUGUGGUGCAGAAGGUGGAGCAGAAGAUUGAGAGCUGUACUCAGCAGGAUAUAGAGCUGCACGUCCAGAGGCUGUUUGUGGUGAGUCAGGCUGAGCCUCGGUUGCCUCUGCAGUUGGAGGAUGCUGUGAGGCCUGAAGUAGAGGGCGAGGAGGAAGGCAGAGCAACAGUGAACCAGGACACCCGACUAGAUAACCGUGUCAUAGACCUGAGGACGACGACGAGUCAGGCGAUUUUCCGUCUGCAGUCAGGAGUGUGUCAGCUUUUCAGAGACACACUCACUAAGAAGGGCUUCGUCGAGAUCCAGACGCCUAAAAUCAUCUCUGCUGCGAGUGAAGGAGGUGCGAACGUCUUCACCGUGUCCUACUUUAAGACGAGUGCGUACCUGGCUCAGUCUCCUCAGCUCUACAAGCAGAUGUGCAUCUGUGCGGAUUUCGACAAGGUCUUCUGUGUUGGACCAGUGUUCAGAGCUGAGGACUCGAACACUCAUCGUCACCUGACGGAGUUUGUUGGUCUGGAUAUUGAGAUGGCCUUUAAUUAUCACUACCACGAGGUCAUCGACUCCAUCACCGACACCAUGGUGCAGAUCUUCAAAGGACUCAGGGACAAUUUCCAGACGGAGAUCCAGACGGUGGGUAAGCAGUACCCCAGCGAGCCGUUUAAGUUCCUGGAGCCGACGUUGCGGUUGGAGUUUAAGGAGGCUGUCGCUCUGCUGCGCUCAGCUGGAGUGGAGAUGGGGGACGAGGAGGAUCUCAGCACACCUAAUGAGAAGCUGCUCGGCCGUCUCGUCAAAGAAAAGUAUGAUACAGAUUUCUACGUCCUGGAUAAAUAUCCUCUGGCUGUGAGGCCGUUCUACACCAUGCCCGAUCCCCACAACGCGAAAUACUCCAACUCGUACGACAUGUUCAUGAGGGGAGAGGAGAUCCUGUCCGGAGCUCAGAGAGUCCACGAUGCUCAGCUGCUCACCGAGAGAGCACUUCAUCACGGCAUCGACUUGGAGAAGAUUAAAGCCUACAUCGACUCGUUCCGUUACGGAGCUCCGCCCCACGCUGGAGGAGGAAUCGGUCUGGAGCGAGUCACCAUGCUGUACCUCGGCCUACACAACGUGCGUCAGACCUCCAUGUUCCCCCGUGACCCCAAGCGCCUGACACCCUAAAGGUCAAAGGUGGCGCUUCCUGGCUGACCUCGCUCACACACACACUCUCUCACCCACACACACACACACACACACACACACACACACACACAGAGAAUGGGGAACAGGAAGCGGCGGGACAGCCGUGAUUAAACGAUGAUAAUAAAUAAAAACCAGCUCACUUUUUUGUAACGUUUGAUACUGAAGUGUGUGAGGAGGUCAGUCCUGACUGGUGAAGGGACAAAGUGAACAUUAAACAAGUGUACUUCGAUCUGUUUAAAGGGAAUCUGUGCUCUAAUGUUGGUGUAAGGGUGGGUAAGGCCACGUCUCAAACCACCCACUACUGUCCUGAAUAGUGUGUGAAAGUAUUACGGCAGUGUUUCUGACAGUUCUGUAAUCUGUGAUUUGGGGGUAAAGUCAAGUAAUAAAUGUUGACAUACGGUUUACGACGCCGAUAUGUGAUUUGGGACGCAGCCCGAGUCUUACGCUGUCUGAGGUCAAUGUUUAUAGACACACACACACACACUCAGAAGUGCACUAGGAUGUGGAUUGAGACGUGGCCCAGGUCUUAUUCUGACUACGAUAAACUUUCAGUUCGGAUCAGUCGUUUUCUACUGGAAUAAUUUUUGCUAGUUAGCACACUAUGCUAGUACACUAAGUAGGGCACAGCUCUAAUGGGGAGUUUUAAACACGUCACCGUUAGAGUGGUUUAAUAAAUAAAUAAAUAAAUUAAUAAAUAAAAAACAUUAAUAAAGAAUUAAAGAGCGCAUUCUCAUUAA